AGGCGAUGGAUUUCUGAAAUUACCUGGCAUUGUGCAUAGUCGCCUUUUUGUCCUCCUGAGUCGGGAAAUCAUCGCCACUUGAGCCACUAGACUUAAGUCACUGAUUAUUGCACAGCCCAGUAUGCACUUACCUGUCCACUAACCGUCUAACAACCCCCUAUAAUACAACUACAAUAUACUAUCGUGCCAGACAAGGCAGACAUGAGGCCGAGAGGGGAAAUAAACGAAGGGGUGCGUGACAUGUCGGGGAAGAAAGAUGAGACGUUGGGACAAGUUUUAAGCACUGAGAUUUUGCAAACAAGCAAUAGGAGAUACUUGAAAUUAGAGGUUGAGGAAUUUAAGCAGAUGAACAUGCAACAUAGCCGCUCAAUCUCGUAUUUGGACCUAACUGAGAGCCUUAAUUCGUCCACUCAAAACAGUAACCGCACUGCAUCCACGGUCAGCUGGGUGGCAAUACUGCACCGUACCACAUAGACAUCAUCCCCAUCGGGAAGAAACGAAUGAAACGCAUUCCUCCAG